AGAGACUGCCAUACUCGACCGGCAGUGAGCAGCAUCCUAAGUACGCCGCGAACGCAAUCGACGGAGAUACGCGAACGGCGCAUGGUGUUGUAGCGACCACUUCAUUCCGGGUUUCCAACACUUUCGGUCGUAAUGUGAAACUCGUCGCGGUGAUCGUGCAGUUAACGAUGGAUCUGUUCGUUGGUUGACUCAACCGCGUGUCUUAAUCUGUUUGGUGAUUAUUUUGAUUUAAUGAGCGUUUGCGUUCUUUACUGCUGUUUCAUCGGUGUUGUGUCCGAACAAUGGAAGUGGAGUCGUUUUGACAACGUGUAUGUGGAAGAGCAGCAAUAAUCGUAGCUUGUCCAAAAAAGAAACAAACCAAGUUUAUAACAGUGAAAUUUAAGGUGGCAGGUAGAAAAUCAUACCGUGGUUACAUUAACCCAUGAAUAGUGCUCCAAAUGUCCACGCGAUGGUCAGCUGUACAUACAUGAGAAUGGAAAACUAAAGCAAACCAAGGUUUGUGUCUAAUCAGUGGUCGCUGGUGUUUUACAAGAGUGCAAAUUAUUCGAUUCAGCUACGGCGAUACAUCAUCGAGGAUUCCAACCUACAAUUCGCGUCGUGUGCAGCUGUUUGUCAGUGAAUUUGCAAAAUUGUGAGUGACGAGACACGGCUACAGCUUCAAGUGGCAUCUUUCAUACAGCGGUGUGUUGUAGGGAUGAUCGCAUUGAAUAAUUCCCGCAACGAUAGCUGCUGACUGUAUUUUGCGGUUGAUUCAACUACCACAACGCAUCCAAAACCCCGGCACAUACCUUUACAGUUAUUGCGAGACUUGCCGUUGAAUUAUUUCAUAUAAAGUGUAUGUGUGCAUUGCUGAGUGUUGGUGUGUGUGAGUGAUUUUUUAUUCAGCCUCUUAAAAGUCGUUCCCAAAUUAGUCCUUCUUUGUUUGUGAUAAGUGAUGAAACACCUGUUCUGAUAUUUUACCGGUUAUUCGGGUGUGGCUAAUGCGUGCCACGCAAGUGAUACAGCUUUCAUCGUAAAAUUCCAUCACCAAAUCCAUCCCAAGCAUCAGCACCCACUGGAGAACCUUUUCUACGAUCCGAAAAGAGUGAGUUUAGCUUGUGGAAUUCUAUUCGAUCCCCUUCAAUUGUGUUCACAACCCGCUUACCUAAUACCGGAGACAUUGAAAUCGUACAAAUAUGGAUGCCAACAACUUUGUGAUGUCUUCCUAUCAGUUCGUUAACUCGAUCGCCUCGUGCUAUCCCAGCAACGCACAAAACACAAAUAGCUCACCGAAUACGGCUGGAAGUCAAGGUGGCCAAAGUGAUGGGUACUUCCCACCCUCGGCAUAUACUCCAAAUAUUUAUCCCGGCACGCCGCACCAAGCGCACUACAGCUCACAGUCGUACAAUCCGCUCGCAGGGGCCGGAGCAACCAGCGUAAACAGUGCUAGUGGAGGCCCCGUAGGUGGUGGACAUCAGCCUAGCGACAUGGUCGAUUACACCCAGCUACAACCACAAAAAUUCCUCCUCUCACAACAGCAACAGCAACAGCAGCAGCAACAACAGUCCACACUUAGUUCGCAAAGUUGUAAAUACGCCAGUGAUGGUCCUAGUACAGGUACAAAUGUAGUUAAUAACAACAAUAACAAUAGCACCACAAGCCCUCAGGAUUUGAGUACGGCCAGCGGUGGCGGCGCUGGAAACGGUGCAAACGACGGCAAUAGUGGUAGGACCGAGAUUUCGCCAAAACUGUCACCCGGCUCGGUCGUAGAAAGUGUAACCCGAUCGCUAAAAGCAGGCAACCCAUCCACGGCCGUGAGUUCGAGCAACACGAACAACAACACCAACAACAUUAGCAAUCGAAACCAAGUGAACCUGCCGCUCGGUAGCCCGGAAGAUGAGUCCGAUGCUAGCGAUGAUGAUAGCGGCACGGAAGGAGGCAGCUCGCAAGGAGGUGGUGGCAAUGGCGGAAAGAAGGGAGGACCGCCACCUCACAUCUAUCCAUGGAUGAAACGAGUGCAUAUCGGUCAAAGUACGGUGAACGCAAAUGGGGAAACGAAACGCCAGCGCACGUCUUACACACGCUAUCAGACGCUCGAGCUGGAGAAGGAGUUUCACUUCAACCGAUACUUAACGCGCAGACGACGCAUCGAGAUCGCACAUGCCCUCUGUCUGACCGAGCGACAGAUCAAAAUCUGGUUCCAGAACCGGCGGAUGAAGUGGAAGAAGGAACACAAGAUGGCCUCGAUGAACAUUGUGCCGUACCACAUGUCGCCGUACGGUCAUCCUUAUCAAUUCGAUAUUCAUCCUUCACAGUUCGCGCACCUGAGCGCAUAGGACGCGUGGCACUUUUCGGGUACUGGUUAGAGACUCAACCAGCUCUAUCAGGAACAGUAUCAGGGAUAUCAGGGCAAUCAGGACAGCGUACUGUUUGGCGGCGGCGGUGUAGGUGGAGGCGGCGGCGGCAGCAGUACGCCUUCUGAUACCACUAAAUACAAUCAGGAGUUUUGAUUGUCCCCUGGUCUACCAGCUAUCUCACGUUGCGACUUGCACUGACCAACCAAAAGGGGACAAACGCUCGCAUUUUCGAGGCGUCUUUAGCGUUAAGACGCUUCGAAAAUGAUCGCAAGUCCGUGAUAUCUCUGAACGAACAGCAACUGUGACUGUUGUAUGAGCUGCCGUUGGGAGGAGAACACGAAAGAAUGGAAACUGCAACAGUAACCAUUCAUCAUUCAUCAGAAUGCACGCUGCAUACGACACACUCAAUGCAGUGUGUUAAGAUUGUACGCUCACUGUUUGAUACGAGACUUUCGGACUCGUUUGCUUCCACUGUACCGAACACUUCCCGUCACCCUAUCCUUAUUGAUCUUUUUUUGUUAUUGUAACGAUUUCCGCACUACCCAAACAAUGUUGUGUACAUAAUUGUUGCUAAAUUAACCCCCCACUUUUCCUAUCACAACCCUUUUGAUGUACGGUGGAAGCAAACGACAGCGGAAUCUCCUAUCAAUCGCAAGCUCUUCUCUAAUCAGUAUUCGAAAAGCUGGCCUCGCAUUCCACGAGGCAUCCAUAUACUAGUUUGUAAGUCAAGUUUCUAAACUGUACGCGUAACAUUUUCUAGGCUAAGUAAGUGUUGCGAAAGUUAAGGUACCUUUUUCGAGCGGCAAUACUACAGUAUACUCUCAUUCUCAUGCAGUCCAACCAUCCUCGACAUGAGAUUUCUACAUAGGUUUUACAUCAACGAAGAUCAUUUAGCAUAAUGAGCACGGUUAUGGUGUCAGAUAGGAACUUUAAAUUUCUUUUCUAAACAAUCUUCAGCUUAGUCUUGAUUUAAUUUAGUCAUUUGGUUCGAUGAUUGAAUACGCAAAAUUGGCUAUGCAUUCAACAGGUGCGCUCCGACCUGCAUCCAUACGUUUUAACCGUACUUCUCAUGAUCUUGGUAUUAUAGGAAUAAACAACCAAACUAGAUGUUUGAUUUCAGUUGCGGAUGCGGAUUUGCGUUACUCAUGCAAAGCUGGUUGCACACGUCGUGCGAAAUUGUUUAAAUGAAUAGGAGAAUGGGUUGCAAAGAAAAGUAGAACCUUAUUAUUUAUUAUUAUUCAUUUCUCAGUGCACCGUGCGCCAACAAGAGCUAAACACAAUUUUAUUAGCAAUGAAAAACUCGUCACAAAAUCAAAAUUAAGUGUUGUGACAUCGAUGAAUUAGGUUCACUCGUUACUGUAAGAACGUCGUAUUCCAGCAAUGUGGCGAUUGAUAUUAUUUUGGCAGGAAAAAUGUGUGUACUUAAUUGCAAAUCAGCUAACGAUGAAUUCAGUUUCCCUUCUCAUACUUGUUGAGUUUUUCUUUGUUUUCACUAUUUUAAUUUAUAUGACUUGUUUGGCUACAUAUAACAUGAUUUUGGCCUGAGAAGAAGGGAACAGUUAUUCAUACCGUUGUAAAUUGUGAUUAAAAGAGAAUUUCGAUAACAUGCUCCAACCCAGCAUGCGCAUAGUAAUGACAGCAAAUUCGGAUUCAUACAGGGCUAUUUUAUGUUGGAUGCCGGCAUGGCCACAACGAUCGUAUCUUGCACAUAACCAGAUCACAUUCUCUCCACGGUUGUUUCAACAUCUUGAUCAUGAAACCCUUUUAGUAGCAUUAUAGGGAAACGAAAACAAUGAAGUUUAAUACAAAUUGGAACAUUGAGUUUUAAGAUUAGCGAAUGAUUCUGUGUUUGUACAUAGCACCUCAAGCAAACUGACCGGUAGGACGAAUCUAUGAUCUAUAUAACAGAAAGCAGUUUUCCCUGCGUUGCUACGCUGGUCACGUAAAGCGUCUCGAAUCUAUGUGUAGCUACAGGACACGAUCUAAAACAAUGGGUAAGAUAAUGAAUGGGAGAGAUUAUGGGUACAAUACAAAACAAUAGUAACGCUCCGUGAUAGGCGAUGCCUAUCAACAAUCAUCACUAUAGGCAUUAGACAAAUAUGGAUCCGUGGAAUAGAUGGAUGCAAGAGAUGCACGGAGGUAAAAACACUGCUUCCUUACAAAAGGCGUCCUCGAGUGAACAAACAAAAAUAAUUAAGAAAUUGUUAACUCUUCGAGCUGACCUAGCUUAUGAGCUAAUUUUUUAAGCAUUCCGAAGGUAUGAGAGGUGCAUCUCAACAGAUAGUUAGACUUUGUUGUGACAUUUGUUUUUGAGGGUACACACAUGAAAAUGAUCCUGAACAUAAUAAUACUAGUUUCAACGACGAAUGUCUUACACAGACAUCCAGAAAAUAGAAUUUGAAUAACGAAAAAUUUAUUAACAAUACAAAAAAAAAACAUUACUCUGCGCUCAAAUGUUCAAAACCUAUUUGGACAACAUUAUCAAAAGUUAAAAUUAACCAAUUUAAAUUGUACCCUCGUUUUGUACCUUCGUUUCGUUGAUAACCACAAACCGAAAUAGCACUGUAGAAAUAAUUCCGGAGCAAUCCGUAGUUUACUGCAGGAUAAGCAUAUUUUGUUUACAGGAUACAUAUUCAUACUUAGAAAAUUACUAUGUGCGUGUCUCAAUGAACAUCUGUCAUCGCAUUGUCUUAGUCAGCUGAUCUAUAAACCGGUCUGAGAUAGCACGGAUAUGAAUGAAUAUAUUCAGCAGUAGUUUAUUAAAAACACAGCCGAUCAAAUUAAUUGUGUUGAGAUCGUAGUUUAAUAGAAUGUUUUAUUUAUUUUGUUUUAAGCACGCUGUAUGUUUAGCUCAACUCCUAUGCUAUAGCAAGGCGUAGGGUAAGCCGUGAGAAAUUCCAGCAAUGUAACUCAAUGCUUGAUGAUCCUGAAGCGAUUCUACCAAACUAACGAGCUCUGCUACUAGGUAAACAUCGGCCGAAACCUACGGAAAUCACACUGUUCGAACUUUCUCGCAGGGAAAUGUAGAAAACGAAAUUCCUUCAUAUAGUACGAACUCACACAUUUUCAAACAGGAGACGUUUAUGAAUUACCAUCUAGGUACUCAGCUCUACGGUUCAGGUACAAACGGCCAAGAAAGCGGUAAACUCUAUGAGAAUUCUCUUUUUUGAGUGACGAGUGAAUUGUAACACGUUCAGUCAGGAAUGCAAUAUCAGUGGAAGCAGUAUGUUUAAGUUACAGUAGUAAUUUGAAGAAAAUAUAAAUAAACACAAAAUACCUGUAAAACAAAUAAAAAAAAUCAUUCAUCAAAUUAA